AUGAACUUCAUCGCAGGAGUCAUGCUUUGCGUAUUCCGGUCCGGCGGAAACAGCGACACAGCCUCAGACUCGUCAGUGACCCCGGCUCGUGCCGUGCUCAAUUUCCAGGCCGCGGAGCCCAUUGCAUACCACUGCGUGUUGUCCAUGCUUCUACGGCACGGGAUGAACCAGUACUUUGGCGACGGCUUUCCAAAGCUGCGCCUGAGCGCACUUCAGUUCGACUGUUUGCUAGAG